AUGAGCGCCGAAGAUAUUGAAGUCCGAAUCCGAGGAAACCAUGCAAUGUCCGGUGUGGUGGAAAUCCGAGAUAACUCGACUGACUCAUGGGGGACCAUAUGUGCUGAUUCCUGGGACAAUGCUGAUGCCACGGUCAUCUGCAGAAUGCUUGGACACAUGUGGGGCAUAGGUCAUACGGUUAACAAGAAUCUACAGAAGGACGACAGUAUGCCAAUGCUCAUCCAAGACGUCCAGUGCUAUGGCAACGAGACGGCGCUGGGAGAGUGUCCGUAUGCAGGCUGGACGGUCCAGUUCUGUUGGUCAUUUCACUUGGCGACAGUCGAGUGCACCAAUCAAACUGUGAAACUGACUCCGCUGCAUGGGAUGAACUCGAGUAUGCUACACGGUGCUGUCGAGGUGCGGACCGCCUUCGGAUACCAGCCCGUCUGUGACGCAGGCUGGAACGAUGUGGCUGCCAAUGUCGUCUGCAGAGAGCUGGGUAAAGCUGCGGGCCGAGCGCUGUGCUGCUCCAAACUGAGUCCGUACAAACCGUACAUCUACACGACAUACAGCGCCCUCACCAACAUGAGCUGUUCCGGGACAGAGUCAUCGCUCGUCAAUUGUCCUCACAGUUCUGGGUCGAAUCUCUGUCCUACGGGUCACGUGGCAUCUGCUGUAUGCUAUGACCAACCGCUUAAGGACGUCUCCAUGGAUUACAGCAUUCGUCUGAGAGGCAGUGGCUCCACCUGGUGGGGAACAGUGGAAGUACGACACCUUGGCAUCUGGGGAGGCCUCUGCAUUGAUUCCCUGGAUGACGAUGUUUCCACAGUUAUCUGCAAGGAAACUGGCUUUGCUCACGGUAUCAACUUCGGUAGAGACGUCUCGGUGAAAACCAUGCCAGUCUGGGUGACGGAAGUCAACUGCACGACUGGUAACACAACCCGUUUAGAGCAGUGUGUGUCAUCGUGGGGUGAUCCUGUGCGCUUCUGUGCAGGGUACAACAGAGUACUGUGUACUAAAGCAGUGGAAGAUGCCCCAGUAGUUACUUUAAGCAAUGGGACAUACGGACGCGUGGACAUAACAUUUGCCGGUAAAACUGGAACAAUCUGUGAUGUCGGAUGGUCUGGAGCUGAUGCAGAGGUUGUGUGUAGGCAGCUGGGUUUCAGUGCAGGGACCGCAUUGACUGGGUCGUACUACGGGGCUGGUUCUGGGCCAGUCUAUCUGAGUGACGUAAAUUGCCGAGGACGAGAAUCAAAGAUCUGGGAGUGUAAACACGCAGGGUGGGAGUCGCAGGAGCAGAAAUGUGAAAACCACACACGUGACGCAUCCGUUGUUUGUCACAAUGGAACAGUGAGACUUGUAGCGGGAGAUCACUCUCACGGGAUAGUUGAGUUGUGGAACGGCGCCGUGUGGUACGUCCUGUGUGGUAAUCAUUUCUCUGACACUGACGCGGGCGUCGUGUGUCGACAGCUCGGUUUCCCGCAUGGCGUCAAGCUGCCCAUGGCGUCGUAUGCGACGUAUUACAGUAUGACGUAUGGACAGAGCGUAGACUGCGUUGGUAACGAGACCUCCAUUACAGACUGUCCCGUUUUCUCCUACAAGUGUGUUAAAAAAUACAACACUGAGUACGCAGCAGUUUUCUGCUCCAACAAACAGUUUACGAACGAAUUGUCGUUUAACAUUGACGGCGGGGGACCCAGCGGUGAUGUUGUCAUUGUCAUGGACGGUCUGGCAGGUCAUAUAUGUGACCUGUACUGGGACGACAAGGAUGCUGAUGUGUUAUGUCGCCAGGUCGGAUACACUGGGGGUGUGGCCGCAGAUUUCACGAGCCAAUCAAGACGUCCCUUUCUUCUGUCUGAAGUGCACUGUGACGGCACAGAAACGUCUCUGGGGAACUGCAGCAUGGGAGCUGAGAGCUGUAAACUGGGAAACUCGCUCGUCUUCAACCAGGCUGGAGUUUUCUGUUACACUAAUAAAGCUAUCUCGCUCCGUUUGCGUGGACACACGGGAAGGUCUGGCGUUGUGGAGAUCGUGUCAGAGCAGAAGGUGGGCACUGUGUGCGAGUCGCACCAGACAACCAUCGCUGAAAACAAUGCUGCUGUCGUCUGUAAACAGCUAGGCUUCAACACGGGUAUUCCCAGUCGAGCAUAUGGUCACGGUACGGGUGAUGUGAUGCUGGUUUCACCGCAGUGUCAAGGGAGUGAACCAACCCUCUGGAUGUGCAGCAGUGAUGGAUGGGGUCCGGGCUCCGUCACCCCCAAAUGUCGGAACCAUUCACUGGACAUGGGAGUGGUCUGUUUCAAGCAUGUUCAGUUGACGGGUGGCAGUUUGAGUCCUAACAAAUCGGUAGGCUUCGUUAGUGUAUUCCAAGAGGGUUCGUGGCGUCUGGCUUGUGCACAAGACUUCACUUCGAGAGAAGCAACUGUAGUCUGUCGCGAGCUGGGAUUCGAACAUGUGCAGUUGCUACCAGGCCUGGCUGAUUAUGCUUUCUACACUUACAAUAUUCUGUGUAAAGGAUCGGAGAAGGAUCUCGGGUCGUGUGACGUAAAACAGUCUAGAAACUACCAUUGUGAUUAUUCUUAUCGGCACGCCUAUGUGUCCUGCAGUGCCAGUCCUUUCUCAGAUGAAAUCACUGCCCUUUCUGGAGACACACAUCCAACAAUGGCGAUUUUCUCGAAAUACGACCAAAAUGUAACUGUCUGUUCGAAAAACUGGUCUGAUGCUAGUGCAGGUGUUGCAUGCCUAGAAAGGGGAUAUAGAUAUGGAUACGCAUUUGGGGCCAGGUUGAAUGUCAAACCCACAGCUUUGAUGGAGUUUAAUAUCAGUUGCUAUGGAAACGAAAGCAGCAUCAAUGAAUGCCAUAUUGGCACUUUGCAGUCACGGUCAAAAUGUUCCGUCGGAUGGCUGGUCUGUUCAAACAAGGAAUUGGACCCCAAACUCCGACUGGUGGACAACACUUCACAACCAACAACUUCUAACAAGGGACGCUUGGAGAUCAGGGUUAACGGAACAUGGGGGAGAGUGUGCGACCGUCACUGGACGACCGAAGACGCUAAAGUCGUGUGUAGACAGAUGGGCUUUUUGGACGGGCAGCCACUCACUGUGUCAGGUGGUGGUUCUCAUGGGCCAGUCUGGCUGCAAACUGUACAGUGUUCUGGUUCCGAAUCAUCCUUGUUUAAGUGUCCAAACACAGGAUUGGGCUUUACAAGUUGUCGUGGAGACGUGGGGGUUACCUGCACCGGAACAGUACGUUUGCAACCAAAUGCCGCAUUUGGCACAGUCCAGAUUUACAACGAUGAUGAAAGCAAUUACAAUUUGAUUUGUGCCGAUCACUUUGACGACAUUGAUGCCCAUGUCAUCUGCCGUCAACUUCAUUUCCUGUAUGGCAUCAAAAUGUGCUGUUCGGCAUUUGGACCACCACUCUACCGGAUCGGCGUCACGAAACUGCAGUGUACAGGGAACGAUAUCCGAGUGCAAAGCUGUCAACAGGAGACCAGUCUAACAUACUGCCCUAGUAGGAAGUAUGCAGCAGUUGUCUGCUCAGACACGAGCCCAAAUACAGGGUAUGCUAUUCAUCUCUCUAAUGGUCAUUUUGGGGUGGUGCAAGUAGAGUACAUGAAUCGCCAGGGACUGAUAUGUUCUGAUGGAUUCGACAACAAAGACGCUCGGGUCAUCUGUCGAGAAAAAGGUUUCAGCGAUGGCAUCGGCUACACGGCUUGGGAUGCCAUGGUCAACAGCAAACUACGGUGGCUGUCCAAUUUGAACUGCACCGGCAAUGAGUUGUACCUCUCUAGAUGCACACCAUUGCUGUUUGGAGAUCUGAGUAACUGCAGUAACCGAGGUGUGGCCGCGGUGAUGUGUUUCAAAAAUGAAAGUCAAGGUCUUGAGGUGCGACUGACUAAUCAAUCCGUUGUCGAGGGCGGCGUUGAAGUGGCUGUAGAUGGAAAGUGGGGGUUGAUAUGCGACCGAUACUUUGACGAUGGCGACGCCAAUGUCCUCUGUCGUAUGAUGGGUUACGUGGGUGGUAUCGAAUCACGACGGACGUUCCACACACUGCCAAUGUUGUCAUGGACAUUCAGUGACCUGCGGUGUGGUGGUGAUGAGCAGUCCAUUCUCCAGUGUCCGCUGGAUUACCUGGCCAGAGCAAGCUGUCCGUCUGGGAAACCAGCAUCCGUCAAGUGUUAUCAGACAGUUCGCCUAACCCCUGACAAACCUGGGCACUACGGCCGCGUGGAGAUGUACACCAACAACAUGUGGGUGGCAGUGUGUGACAACAACUUCAACGACAACACUGCAUUGGUCGUCUGCCGACAGCUCGGCUUUGUUGAUGGGAGAGCCCAGUGUUGCUCGGCAUACGGACCUGUGGAUACACCCAUCGAUGUGACCCUGUCAUCGUGCCUGGGGUCGGAGAAGGAUGUGUUUGACUGUGGUUACUCUAGUGGAAUGUGCAAGGCACAGACGUAUGCAUCAGUGUUCUGCUCGAAUGCAUCCCUAACCAAACAGGGAGUACAAGUCAAACUGAAGUAUCCCGUGUACCACUACUAUGGCACAAUUCACCUCAAUGUCUAUGGUUACUGGGGCCCAGUCUGUGACACCCUCUGGAAUGACAAGGCUGCCAGUGUCGCAUGCCGACAGAUGGGCUGGGCUGGUGGCGCUGCAACGCGGGGAUCUCGUCUGCGCAACUUGGCAGUUCUCGUCGAUACAGUCGCGUGCACUGGAACAGAACGUCAUCUGAACGCGUGUAGAAUUGACACGUUCCAGUCGUGUGCAUCCAACUCAACUGUGUCAGCGGUCACCUUGCCAGCAGCAGGGGUCCUGUGCUACAAUAAAGGUAUUGGUAUCCGCCUCGCCGGCGGCAACUCAUUCCACGGACGGGUAGAGGUCGGCUACGACGGUCAGUGGGGCGUGGUCUGUGACGUGUCCGGGAAGUUCGCGACCGUGGCGUGUCGUCAGCUCGGCUUUCAAAAUGGCGUCAUAUCGUAUUCCAGAAGGGAGUGUUUCUUCUGCUCCAAGCACCUGAUGAUGGGCAAUGUCAACUGCUCCGGGCUCGAGGAUUCCGUGUGGAGGUGUAAACACGACUGGUACAACUCCAUCAGCUACUGUGGCAGUGUCCACGUGAAGUGCUGGAAUUCUGUGUAUCUGACAGAAGGAUCCAGCGCAAAUGAGGGCCAAGUAUUUGUAGAUAAAAACGGAACAGUAGGGGCAGUAUGUGCAGAUGGCUGGUCAGCAGAAAAUACAAAGGUGACAUGUCAAGAGCUGGGUUUCACUGAUGGUUACGCCAUGUGUUGUGGACUCUUCAGGCGGACGGAGCCCAAGUUCUACAACUUUCGGUGUACGGGGUCGGAGAAACGGCUCACCAACUGCCCGCACACCAGUCACUCGUUCGAGACUUGUAAAUCAAACACUGUCGCUGUGGCGUGUUACACAAAGACGCCAUCUACAGAUUUCAAGUGGACACUGGCUGGAGGUAGCCGCUAUGGAGGAGAGAUUCAGGUGAAUUUCAUGCAUAUCACAGGAAAGGUUUGUCCGGAUGGAUGGACAGACAUGGAUUCUCGGGUGGCCUGUAGGGAGCUGGGCUUUGUAAACGGAAGCAGUUACACCCACUACCUGGCCUCACGGUCAACUCCCUACUGGACCUCAAGUGUUAUCUGCACGGGGAAUGAGGAGCGUCUAGCCGACUGUCAGAUGGCGGAACUGGGGUCGGUGAAGAUGUGCCACACACGACAUAGUGUUGGUAUUGUCUGUUACGAUAAAUCAGAUGUUUUUUUCUGGAUUUCUGAUGGAAGCAACAACAACAGCAGCAGCAGCAGUAGCAGUAGCAACAGCGGUCGUCUGGACGUUGCAGUGGAUGGUCAGUGGGGCACGGUGUGUAGUCUCUACUUCAGGAUGACCUCGGCGAUCGUUGCGUGCAGGGGUCUGGGCUACACCACGGGCUCGAUGACCAGCAAACCGUCCACCUCGGCCGGCCCCUCCUACAAGACCACGUACAUGUGUGGAGGUCAUGAGAAACAGCUGAGCGAGUGUCCACACCAAGGAUUGUCUCCCUCAAUGCUAGCCAGGUGCAGCAGUCAUAAGCAUGAUGUGUACCUGGAGUGUGUUGGUAACUUAAAACUUGGUACAGCAAUCUUCAAAAACCAGAUGCAGGGCCCGGUUCAGUAUAACUACAAAGGCAUGUGGUAUCCGGUUUGUGACACGGACUUCACUGACGUCACUGCCAAGAGGGUGUGCCAAGAUCUAGGCUUCUCAGACGGAAAGGCAUUGUGCUGUUCUGCCUUUGUCAGGAGCAGACUCAAAGACGAAUUAGGACUAGGAGUGGAACCCACUCUGACGCUGAACAUAAGCAUGGUGUGUGAGGGCGGAGAGCUAAGCGUAGCCGAGUGCGUCAAAGUUGGUGGGUGCAGACGUGAUGCAUACGCCUCGGUGGUGUGUUUGAAUUCAACUGAACCUGCAACUUCAGAAUACCAGUUCAGUUUUGCUAACGGUUCUGCUGAUCGUCAAGGGAUAUCGGUAAAGCAGUUCGGAAUACAGGGACGUAUUUGCAACACCUUGUGGGACGACCGGGAUGCUACAGUAUUCUGCAGAGGUCAAGGUUAUCGCAACGGGAUAGCCUACCACUACCAAGCAUUGUAUUUGGAAAGUAUUAAUAACCCGGCCCCGUACUGGGUUAGUGGUUUCAACUGUAGUGGGGAGGAGGCUGAUCUGACCAGCUGCCCGUUCAAUGACAGGCUGUCGCUUGGAAACUGCCAGACCGCUAACCAAGCAGCCGCUCUUUGCUUUAACAAAACAACAGAGAUCAAAUACCGUCUUGCGGGUGGAGACAAUUCCAGCUAUGGGCGUGUAGAAGUGAACGUGGACGGAGUCUGGGGUUCGGUCUGCGACCAACUGUGGGACGACAGGGAGGCGGGUGUUUUGUGUCGCCAGCUCGGCUUCCACGAUGGCUACGCGUUACCCAGGGCGCACUAUGGCAUGGGCAUGGGCCCAGUCUGGCUGAGCUAUUUGAGCUGUCAAGGCACAGAGUCCUCGCUGCACCAGUGUCCUCACUCGGGGUUUCACAACAGGAUCGCAUCGACUGGUCCCAGCUCCGAUGUCUGCUCAACCCACUCACAUGAUGCAUCUGUGGCCUGUAUUAAAGAUGUUCGACUAAGUGAGGGCCGCAAUGCUGCUCAAGGUGCUGUUGAAAUCUACACACACGGACAGUGGGCAGCAGUAUGUGAUGACAACUUCGACACUAAUGCUGCUACGGUUGUGUGUCGUGUUCUGGGAUUUACGAACGGGAUUCCACUGGUGGGGUCAAGAUUUGGCAACAUUUCCAAUGUCAUAGGCGUCAUGUCCAUGCAGUGCACAGGAUCAGAGGAAACCAUUACUGCCUGUAGACUGGUUCUCAGCGGUCAGUGUGUUAGUGGAAUGUACAUCUCGGUCACGUGUCAAAACGAACCAGUUCUUGAUAAUGGAUUCCAGCUCCGAAUUUCCAAGUCGCCAAACAGUACACCUUACUCCGGGAUGAUCGAAGUGAAACACAAAGGCAUCUGGGGAGCCGUCUGCAUGCCGUUGUUUGACGACAUUGAUGCUACGGUCGCCUGCCGACAGCUGGGAUUUUCAGCAGGGAUUGCCUACCGAGCGCCCGGGUUGGACAAUUUUGUUCUGUAUAGUCCGGAUGAUGAGAAGAACAAUAGUCCACCCGUGAUGAUGAUGUGGAACGUGAGCUGCCAGGGUGAGGAAACUUCUCUGGACCAGUGUGAGCACGGAAACGAUCCCACCAUCGACCAGUGUUCAUAUGGCCAGGCCAGGGCCGGCGUAAUCUGCUACAACAAUUCAGGCAUUCGGUUCCAGCUGGUUCAUGGGACUGACAAAGACCAGGGGAUCUUAGAAAUGGACUACGAUGGACAAAAAGGCUACGUGUGCGAUUUGCUCAAAUCUAAAACUAUUCCUAAAGUCGCCUGUCGAUCCAUGGGCUUCUCCGACGGAUUGAACAAACUACCACAGUCAACACCGACCACAACAACGGCAGAUCUGACCUUCUGGUUCAGCACAGUCUUGUGUCGCGGAGAUGAGACGUCCAUAGCAAGGUGUCGGAAUGACGGUUUCAGCAAAGGCAUUAGACCCAACCCAUUCCACUCUGUAUGCAGGAGGCGGCGGGCUUUUCUCUCUGUUCACUGCUUUCACCAACCUGUAGCGAUUACCAAGAUUCGGCUUGCAGACGGCAGUGCCGGCGACCGAGGACGGGUGGAGGUCUACCUGCAGGGUCCUAACCAGUGGGGGACAGUGUGCGACAGUCUGUGGAAUGAUCGUGAUGCCACGGUCGUCUGCAGACAGAUGGGUUACUCUGAGGGAACGGCUCUGAGAGGUGCUGCAUUCGGACCAGGGACCGGUCCAGUCUGGUUGUCCUCGCUCAGCUGUAACGGCACAGAGAUUGACAUCACCAAGUGCAGAUAUCAUGGAUUCUGGGUGACCAAGUGCAACCAUUACCAAGAUGCAUCGGUCAUCUGUCAGGGUCUCUUAAAUACAAGCUCUACUACAACUACAGCCAUGUCAACUUCUACAACUAUGACAACAUCGACACCAUUCUCAAUGACCUCUCCAGAACAUAAAACAGACACCAACUCGCCUACAGAUAUUUCCAGUACAGUCAGUACACUGCUGACUUCAACAGAGACGUCGCAAGGGAGAUCAGGCAAUGAAGCCGUCGACAGUCGCGUGUUGGUUCCAGCCAUUGUGGUGCCGCUCAUUCUCCUGCUGUUUGGCAUCACUGGCGUUGUCUGCUACCGACGUAAUAGGUCACGGACAGUGGCUCUGAAACGUGUGCCGUUAUCGGACAGUCACCCAAUUUCCGAGCUCCCCGGUGGACCAGUACAGUUGGAGGGAGAGGCGGCAGUGUAUUUUGCCGGUAGAGAUAAUGAUGAAAUCGGGUUUUCAAACCCGCUUUACGGCAAAGAUGAAUUCCUGAAUUAAAGUCUCAAUGAUGUGAAUGCAGCCCUCGAAAUUUGUGAUGGAAAUUGGAAGUAUCAGAUGCCACAAAAAGCUGUUGAUCAAUUUUGUCAUUGUCGGGUAUUUACUUUGUCAUUGCCUGUACUAAAUUGCUAUUACGGGAAGAUCUGUUUUUUGAGGGCUGUGAAUAUAAAUCUGGAUUAUUGCAAAGAUGAAAAUAAAAAUACAUAAAUGAAUGAUGUUUAGACAAAAGUUUCACUUCAUCAGUGGCAGAGACAAGAACUGGAAACAUGAUUGAAUUAUUGCAAAGAUGAAAAUAAAAUUACAUAUUAAAUGAAUAAUUUUUAGACAAACGUUUCACUUCAUCGGUAGCAGGGACAAGAACUGGAAAGAUAGCUGAAUAAAUUUAGACGAAAUAUAGACAUGGUGUAUGGUGAAGUCUGACCUCAGCUGAUUUAGACAAAAUGUAAACAGCGUUCAUGGAGGAGAUAAUAAUAGCAAAGAUGAAAGUUGAUGCACUCUUGAAGUAAAAUGUAAACCUGAGGCAUGUUCUUGAGGAACGACUGGUUUUUGCACCCAAUGUUAUAUGAAUGUGAUAUGGUAGAAGACAAGAAGGUACCAGUCACAUUUUUAGCAAGUGCUUGGCUUCCUGAAUAUUUCGAAAACUGACUGAAUGAAUUAGACACUUUUAAUCAAGUGGAUUUAUGCACGACAAAUUUAAGCUGCAAGUAUCGAUGAGAGGUGAGCCUGUAGGAACAAGAUCUUGAGUGGGGGUGACACAACAUCAAGUGGGUUCUCACAGCCUCCAUGUUGGGAAGUGGGGAGGGUCACAAGCCAUAUUUUAAUUUUUAUUUAUGUAGAGUAGGACAAAAAAAAACCCUCAUGUUUUCAUCCUGAAGCAUGAGAAAAAACCCUUAUGUUUUCAUCCUGAAGUAUGAGAAAAAACCCUUAUGUUUUCAUCCGAAGCAUGAGAAAAAACCCUUAUGUUUUCAUCCUGAAGCAUGAGAGGGGGUCACAAAUUCUCAUCUCAACUCAACCCACCCCCAGUUCUUUCAGGACUGGACGGAAUCCAAACAAUAAUAUGAUGUUUUCAAAAUAAAGUUCAUUUUAUUUUA